AUGGAUUACCUACGUACUCUUGGAUCUGCUGCCGUCUCUACCUUGGUUCAAAAGUCAGGGCUCAACUUGCCCUUCUCCUUGGGCCCGAAAGUGUCGUCUUUGGAUGGUAUUUGCACCUUGUACGAGGGUACUAAGCGGGAUGAUAGUAGUCCUGUAUCCGUCUUUGAAUACGACUUUUCCCAGAAGAGAAAUCUGGAGCCUCUUGCCAAGAACGCGUUGAGGAAGCUAAGGACCACUCGCCAUCCCGAUGUACUCAAGUUUCUCGAUGCUGUAGAAUCAGAUUCGACAACGUACAUCGUGACCGAACGCGUCCGGCCACUACAAAUUGUGUUGCAAUCUUGGUCGACUAAGGGACUGCAAGAGAAGGAGGAUUGGCUGCUGUGGGGUCUUCACCGAAUCUCCGUCGCCUUGGCGUUUCUCAAUGACUCGUGCUCUUCUACACAUGGUAAUGUGAGGAUAUCUUCCAUCUUUAUCUCUCCCUCGGGAGAGUGGAAGCUGGGCGGCCUAGAAGUCUUGAGCAAUCCGAAUGACGAUGCCGCUGUGCUAUACACAAUGGGUGGAUUGCUACCAGAUGCCAUGGUAUGGGCACCGCCAGAAGUCAAGAAGAGUGGAUGGUCAGCGUUGAAGCAAGGGGAUUCAGCUGCCGCAGACGCAUAUGCCCUUGGUUUGCUCGUCAACGCCGUCUUUAACCCGGCGCAUCAUCCUCCUGCCACAUCGAACCCGCCCCAUCCUCCUCCGACUGCUGCAUCUCGAGGUGCUAUUCCAACAGCUGUAUUUCCUGUCGUAAAAAACCUAUUGAAUCCAAAUAGUAAAAUGCGAUGGACACCGAAACGAUUUCUUGAUGUUGGCAUGGCGGAUUCAGGCUUCUUUGCAACCAAUCGACUUGUCAAAGUUUGCGGAGAACUUGACAAUUUUGCUUUAGGUAGUGAGUCUGAGAAGGCGACUCUUCUAAGAAACCUGAAUGAAUCAUCGUCCUCAUUCCCUCCCGAAUUCGCCACGCAUCGAAUACUACCUUCUCUAGUUUCAGCCCUGGAAUUUGGUGGGGCAUCCGCCGCCACCAUUCUGCCCCUUGUGCUGAAGUUCAGCAAGAACGUGUCUCCGGAUGACUAUCCAACACUAGUGCUCGCACCUCUGGUCAAGUUGUUUACCAGUCCCGACCGUGGGACAAGGAUGGCAUUAUUGGAUCAUCUUCCAGAAUAUGUCGAGAAGCUAGACAAAAAGACAGUCGAUAGUAAAAUUUUCCCCCAUUUGCAAACUGGGUUUUCUGAUACAGUUGCCGUUAUCCGAGAAGCGACAGUCAAGUCUGUCAUCCUUCUUGCUCCCAAACUUAGUGACCGCGUGUUGAAUAAUGAUCUUCUACGACAUCUUGCCCGAAUGCAAACCGAUACGGAACCUUCGAUACGGACAAACACUUGCAUCCUCAUUGGACGUCUUGGUCCAACUUUAGGGUACAAUACGAAGCGAAAGGUUCUGGUUCCUGCUUUCACACGCGCUCUCAAGGAUUCCUUUGUACAUGCAAGAGUUGCUGGGCUGAUGGCCUUUAUGGCAACGAUAGACUGUUUUGACGUAGAGGAUUUGGCCACUGAAGUCAUCCCGAAUAUGUCUCCUGCAAUGCUGGAUAAAGAAAAACUGGUACGGGAUCAAGCUUUCAAGGCGAUGGAGAUUUUCGUCAAAAAGUUAGAGACUUAUGCAGCAACAAUGCCCGAAACUGUUUUAGUUGAACCUGGAGAUAGAAGUACUACCACUUCUGUACCCUCUGAGACGACCUUGGUGAACUCAGCGGCUGGUGCUGCCGGUGCGUUGGCUGGAUGGGCCGUGUCAUCGCUAGGCAAAAGACUUGCCGCUACAGACAUGCAAAGUACAAUCGGAGGCACAGGAAUCGAUCGACCGGUCUCUCUGCCGCCUACUGAAGACAAUCAUAUAGGCAAUCUUCGUCCCGGGCUUUUCGUCACCUCAUCGUCUGCUGUCAAUUCCACCAAGUCAUCUCCCGUUGUUCCCACCUCAAAUCGGCCCAUCAACUCGACUUUAUCAAAAGGCAAGGGACUUCAACUCGGCGCCACCAAGUCUUCCAGUGCAGCCGCUGCAGCACUUGUGGAUCACCUUGCCGAAGAAGCUGAAGCCGAAAAUGGACACCUGGAAUCCAAUCCUUGGGGUAGCGAUGAUUUAAUCGACGUGAAUGCAGACGAUGGUGACUGGAGCGCCUUUGAAACUGCUUCAACACCUGAAGUCGUGCAGCCUAAACCCGUUCGAGCUUCAGCUCCUGGCCUCGGACUCGGUCCUCCCAAGAUACUAAGCCCCAAACGUCCCGUUCUCGGUCGCCAGCAGUUAAACAGACAAAUAACUGUAUCGCCAGUCCACCGUUCAAGCACGCCAGCGUCAUCGUCAGGAAUAGACGACUGGAAUAGAAGUCCUCCCGCGACUGCCUCCCUGACUAAGGAGGAACGAGCAGCAGAAAUGGCCCGAAGGAAAGAGGAAAGGAAGCAGCGGAUUGCUAUGCUGAAAGAACAGAAAAAG